AUGGCAGGAGUAAGUGAAGUAGCGCUUGUUAAAGCGUUCAUUUUCGUGUCGAUUUUUUGUCUUAUUACAUCACCAGUUCGUGCUGACACUCCUGCAAACUGCACUUUCGAGGACAUCGCUGGAACUUGGGUUUUGUAUGAAACACCAAGAAACGGCGAUCAUUCAAUUGACUGUCUAAAUAAUAAGGAAAAUGCUGUCAGUAAGAUUCAGUUGCAAUUACUCCGACCUAAUGUUGCUGUUGACCAAUAUGGAAACAAAGGUCAUUGGACUUUGAUCUAUAAUCAAGGUUUUGAAAUUACUGUGAACCAGCGGGUUUACUUUGCUUUCUCCAGCUAUGCACAGAAUGGAUCUGAAGUUGUUAGUUACUGUGAUAAAACUUUGGCUGGAUGGUCCCAUGAUACAAUGACUCAUAAUUGGGCCUGCUUCCAAGGCAAAAACAUGGUACAGCGAGCACCAAAAAUUCACACUGAGAAGCGGCAAAACCUGAAUGGAAUCUAUGUAAGCAAUACCGAGUUAAUCAACAGCUUCAACAAGAAGCAGAAAUCCUGGACAGCCAAAGCUUACUCAUGGAUGGAGGGUAUGAGCCAUGAGGACUUGCUGAAGAUGCGCGGCGGAAUUAAAUCCAAGAUUCAUUCCCGACCACCUGUCUCACCUGCUUCUCCAUUUGUUCGCCGUCAAGCUGAAUUCCUUCCCGAAGAAUGGGACUGGCGCAAUGUGAGUGGAGUCAACUACGUUCCCGUUGUCAAGAAUCAAGGUAGCUGUGGCAGUUGUUAUGCUUUCUCCUCUAUGGGCAUGCUCGAGUCACGUCUACGAGUUGCUACUAAGAAUCAGGUGCAGGUGAACCUGUCUCCCCAAGAUAUUGUCAGCUGUUCAGCUUACAGUCAGGGUUGUGAAGGCGGUUUCCCUUACUUGAUUGCUGGAAAAUAUGCUCAAGAUCACGGCGUUGUAGCUGAAGAGUGCUAUCCUUACACUGGUCGAGAUUCUGCCUGCAGUGCUGCUAAAAAAUGCCAGCGCAGUUACGUUGCCAAGUACCGUUACGUUGGCGGAUACUACGGUGCCUGCAACGAAGAGUUGAUGAAGAUGUCUCUGGUUGAAUCUGGCCCCUUGUCAGUCUCGUUCGAGGUUUAUUCUGACUUUAUGCACUAUGCCGGUGGUGUUUAUCAUCGCACUGACGGACUCUUCAAUAAAAUCAACGAAUUCAAUCCAUUUGAGUUGACCAAUCAUGCGGUUCUUUUGGUCGGAUACGGAACUGACUCACAAACUAAAGAGAAUUAUUGGAUUGUGAAAAACAGCUGGGGUACAAAAUGGGGUGAAGAUGGGUUUUUCCGCAUCCGUCGCGGCGUCGACGAAUGUGGUAUUGAAUCGAUCGCUGUGGAGGUUACACCAAUUCCGUAAAGAAAAAUUUUAAAUUGCCUUGUUCUUUAAGAUAUAGAUUUACCUUGAUCCCCGACUUCUCUUUUCCUACUUAAAUCAGUUUAUCGUGAACUGAAUGAAAUGGAAAGUCGUGCCAUUAAAUAAACGAGUUACAUCAAUGA